AUGCACCUACAACCUGACCUGAUCACAUACAACUCGGCGCUGAGGGCCUUGGCAGAAAGGACUUGGUCCACAAGCACCACUUUGUUCCAAGACUUGCUGGACAAUAUGCUGCAGCCAGAUGUCAUCACCCACAGUUCCAUGCUGACAGGUCUCCAACUAGCGGGAGAGUGGCAGCGAGCGCUCCUGGCAUUCAGCCAUGCACUGGCACAGCGAGUCCAACCGAACCUUAUCAUUUAUAGUGCAGCCAUCAGCGCCUUCGAAAACUCUGCUGACUGGCAGGGCGCUUUAUCUUUGUUUGCUGAUCUCAUCGCUGGCAAUCUCCAGGUGGACUCAACUGCAUAUACCUCCUUGAUGACGGUCUGCAGGAGAGCUGGCAUGUGGCAGACAGCGCUGGCUCUGCUUUCACAGGCACGAGAGCUCCAGGUCCUCCCAGCUUUGAUCUUGCACAACUGUGUGAUCGGCGCAUGCGAAACUGCAUCGCAAGCAAAGCAGGCUUUGAAACUCUUAGUUAGUCUUGGGGACUGCCACUUGCAGUCGGGCGUGACCACGUACAGCACGACCAUCAGCUCUUGUGCAAAGUCCGCAGAGUGGCUCCAAGCGCUGCUCCUCCUGGGGCAGAUGAACUGUGUGGACCUCUCUGCUAAUGUAGUGGCAUAUGGCGCAGGCAUCAGCGCAUGCGAGCGGGCCGCCAAGUGGCAACAUGCGCUUGAUAUGCUUGCAUGCGUACGGUCCAGCGACCUGCAAAACAACGAAAUCACCCACGGCUCUGCGACUAGUGCAUGUGACCGGGCCGGCGAGUGGCAGCCGGCACUACGGCUGCUCUCAGUCACUUCUACCAGGGCCGUGAAGCAUGACAUCGUCCUGCACAAUGCCGCGCUGGGUUCCCUCCGCGCAGGGGCGAAGUGGAAGUUGUCCGUCGAGGUUCUGCGCAACCUGCGGCCUGCAAGCCUGCGCCCGACGCUGAUCACGCAGACUGCCGCCAUCGCCACGUGCGAAGUUGCAGGAAGGUGGGAGUCCACUCAGCUACUUUUUCGAGAACUUUUGCCCCUGCGACUGGCGCCAGACAUUGCAACCACCAAUGCCCUGGCAAGCUCUCUCGAAAGAGGACGGCAGUGGUCCCGGAUACUGGGCCUCCUCAGGCCGGGCACGGAAGCAGAUUCCAUCACACUGAGCGCU